CCUUCUCGCUGCUAAGAGACUCGAUAUAGGAUAUAGACCGAACCAUCAACUAUAGUCCUACUCUCUCUCUCUCUCUCUCUCUCUCAAUCUCUAAAAUGGCUGUGUCGCUUCAUACAAGUCUACACUCUCCAACUGAAGUUAUUCCGUCUCUCAGCUGCGCGACCAAGGUUUUUGUAGGGUUAAAGCUUCAAUCUCCAGGUUUUGCAAAACCUAACUUGAAUGUUGAAUUCCACAAUAAUGUUUAUAAGAGUAUCCAAUGCAGGACUCGCGGCUCUAAACCAACACGAUCACGUGUUGGAAUGAUGCCAAUAGGGACACCAAGAGUGCCCUACAGAACUCCCGGUGAGGGAACUUGGCAAUGGGUUGAUUUAUGGAAUGCUCUUUAUCGGGAACGUGUUAUCUUCAUUGGGCAACAUAUAGAUGAAGAGUUUAGCAAUCAAAUACUGGCAACAAUGUUAUACCUUGACAGUAUAGAAUCUUCCAAAAUGAUGUAUAUGUACAUCAAUGGUCCAGGUGGAGAUCUCACUCCAAGCAUGGCUAUCUAUGACACAAUGCAGAGCUUGAAAAGUCCAGUUGGAACCCACUGUGUUGGCUAUGCCUAUAAUUUGGCAGGCUUUCUACUUGCAGCUGGGGCGAAGGGUAAUCGCUUUGCAAUGCCUCUUUCAAGGAUUGCAUUACAGUCUCCAGCUGGGGCUGCUCGUGGUCAGGCCGAUGACAUUCGUAAUGAAGCAAAUGAACUUCUCAGAAUCAGAGAUUACCUUUUUAAAGAGUUGUCUCAGAAGACAGGCCAGCCUGUUGAUAAGAUUAACAAGGAUUUAGGCCGGAUGAAGCGUUUCAAUGCUCAGGAGGCUCUGGAAUACGGGCUUAUUGAUCGUAUAGUUAGGCCGCCUCGUAUUAAAGCAGAUGCACCACGACAAGAUGCAGGAGCAGGUAUUGGUUAGGGUAGUUUUUGCACCAGAUUCGCCGAUAUAGUUUCAGUUCAGAAUCUUUCCAAACUUGCAUGUAUUUACUUGCAUAAUAAGCUAUUCAUUCAGUAAUUGAUGUAAUACAAUUAUCUUUUGGUGUCGAUUGAUUCUGAAAUUGAAUAAAUGAGUGUUCUGAAGUCUUCCGGAUAAC